AUGUUCUCUCUACCCACUGAAUAUAAGAAUUUCUGGUUUUCUCACCCUAUAUAUUCGUUUCUUUUCUCUCUCUUCUACAAUUUCUUCCUCCUAUCAGACGUGGAAAACGAUUCGGAAAAUCUGACGAGUGCUCCUGCUGCUGCGAAUACGACUGAUACUACGGGAGUUCCGACUGAUCCUCCUCCUGCUCCGACUUCCACUGGUACUCCUGCUGCUGUGACUCCGACUGGUACUUCGGGAGUUCCGACUGCUCCUCCUCCUGCUCCGACUUCCAGUACUCCUCCUGCUGAGACUCCGACUGGUACUUCGGGAGUUCCGACUGCUCCUCCUCCUGCUCCGACUUCCACUGGUACUCCUCCUGCUGCGACUCCGACUGGUACUUCGGGAGUUCCGACUGCUCCUCCUCCUGCUCCGACUCCGACUGGUACUCCAAAAGUUCCGACUGGUCCUGCGACUCAAUCUACUACAAGAUUCCUUCAGGAAAGGGUUCUUACUCACCUCCUGCGUUUGAUAAGGAGUUUGACCCACACACUUCGUGGUCUGAACAAAGGGGGUUAUUUCGUGAUUCUCUAG